AUGACUCACAAAUUGUUGGAAAGUAAACUUGAUUCUUUGGUUAUUCGCAAAACUUCACUCAAAACGUUUUUACAUAUAACUAAUAUAUUCAAACUAUUUUGCCUUAUUCUACAGCGUUUUCAUCAAAAUGGUAAGCAUUCUUCUCGACUUCUUUACGGUGUUCACGAUUUGGGCGUUGCACUUGUCCGAUUCGACACAAGUUAUUCGAGCCAAGUGAUCGGAAUGGAUGACAUGUUGGCAGAGUUCGAUGGUCACAUUGGUGAUUGUGGUUGUCAAUUACGAGCUCAAAUGCUUUGGAAUAUUACAGAGCAUUAUCGUGAAGCAAAAAGUCGUGAAUGGAUUGCUAAUAUUGUUCAAACACUUGAACAUAUCAAGAAUAGAAUAAUUACCAUGUAUUGUGAUAUUCGUCGACUAAAGACUAAUAAGCAAUCCCUAGGUUUUCCUCCAUCAAUUCAACUUGCUGAUAUUUUUGAGCGUAUUGGGUGCAAAUCCUUAUUUACAAUACUUGACAAUCAUUCGUCUAAAACUGUUUUGGAUGACGAAUUGACUAUCUUAACGAAUUUUAAUCAUGACAUCACCUACCAUUCCAACAAUACAGGUGGGAAACCAUCCGGUACUCGCCUGAAUAAACGCGAGCGUCGUCGAACAUCCAACGUUGACAAAUGGCAUUUGUCUGACUACCGAAUGAUAGCUCGAUUUCUAUCUUACUGUCGUAUUUUAUCACUUAACAAAACGGCCAUUCUUGAGCCUGGCGCUACUCGCAUUCGUAGUCGGCUUGAUCCUCUAUUUGCUGCUUCUAUGACCGAGAAACAACUUGAUAAUCUUAAUCUUAUCGAUGAAGAUGUCUUAUCAAGUUUCAUAUGUAACGAUGAUCGACCUACUCGUACAGGACUUAUUCGUGAGAUAGAAAAUAUGCAAGUAUAUGUCUCACAACUUACUUGUGAUUGGUUGACUAAAUUGUCUCUUGAAAUGGGUCUUACACAUCCCAUUCAAAAGCUUCUGAGUAGUAGUGUUCAGAUCUCAUCACGUUUACUUCAUUGUACAUCGGCAUAUGCAUCAAUCCUCGUCAUACGCAUUGAAUGGCUAGUGAAACACACACCACUUUUUCUUGUCGUCCGUCGUUUUUGUACUCAUGGCUAUCAUAAUAUAUUCUAUCGUGUUUCAAUUAAUUCUGAAGCGGUUCGUUCCAAAAUUGAAUCUAUUCGUCAAAAUAACUCUAAGAUUGUUGAAUUUGGUAAUGCCGAUUGGUUUCAUCUUACUUUCGUUCCUCUCGAAUCGAUACUUCAUCAAGAAUGGGCUAAACAACCUCAUGUGAUUCUCAUAUCAAAUUCAAUUAAUGGUAACAUGGAUGAUUUUUAUCUUCGUAUGGGCAAUACCAAUCAUUGUGGACCUCAUAAUAGUUCAUGUCUUGAGUACGAAGACUUUGUCACAAAUGAAUUCGGCAAAAUUAAUUUUUCACAAGCUAUCAUGUAUUUCUUUGGUGCUCAUGAUCAAUAUCCAUUCGAGCUAACCGUCAAUGAGACUGAAUUUGAUGUAAUCGAAAAGAUUGUCCAUUCGACUCUUGGCCGUGAAGCAGCCAUGAUCUAUCGUCAAACAGUAGAUGAAGCUCAAUGUUACAGAGGACAAUAUACUGCUCUUGGUCUCUUAAAUUUCCAACAUAUAUUUACAGAACUACCCAUUAUCGUUGCUCGUCAGACAGAAUACAUUGCAUUAAAAAAUGAAAGACCAUCUCUAUACGGAUAUCGACGGACUGAGAUUGUAGAUGUCAACACUAUCAGACUAUAG